AUGAAUCCAUCGUAUGUCGUCCUUCACCUCAUCCUCUGGCUAGGUUUCGGUAUUGCAGUCGGCUUGACAGGCUGGGUUCUCGCUCUGGCCUUGCUGUCUAACUCGGACGAUGGUUAUUCCUCCUACUACUACGACUAUUACUCCGACUAUUAUGGUAGCAAUUAUGUCAACUCUUUACAACCUCUGAUCGCGUUUCUUGCUCUACUGGUCGUCGUCCACUUUAUCCUCUCCGUCCGCGCAUGUGUCGAGACUGCCCAGCGAAAUAAACUCAAGGCACCCAUUAUAAUGAUGCCUCAGCAGAUGUACUAUGGGCCUGGCCCCAAGCCCGGGUACACGAUGCAGCACCCCGUGCAGCCUGGCUACCCAACAUCACCCGAUCAAGCCCAUCUCACCGGGUAUCGCGGACAGACGAAGGAGGUAAACCAUCAUACGGCUGGAUGA